AGAGAAAUCCGAUACGAUAAAACCAGGCUCCUGCAUCUCCUGAAAGCUGAAACAUUUUAUUGAUUAAAAAAGGAAGAAAGUAGAAAUCGAAUCUUUCCUCUGGUUCGGGUGCUGUGAUCUUUGAAACCCUAGCCAUGGCGCCUUCGAGGAAUUCCUGUCGUCCAAGCAUUUUGCAUUUUUAACCGCAGAGCAGCAGCAUUCACUAGCCAUUACAAUGGCCGGAGAGCCGCCGGAAAAUGAAACUGCCUCUGCUAUCAUGCCGUUGGCUAGGGUUUCAUCACGUUCUCUGAUUUUAGAGCUUUUGGAACCCCGCUUUACCGGUGAUCUGAGAGCGAGAAUUGUUUGAUUUACUGGAGGAAAAGAUUCUGGGAGAAACUUUUGAUUUGUUUCCGUUUCCGGCGGUGUUGGACGGUGAUUCUGAACAUGGCUGCAGGAAAAGGGAAUCUGGAGAGAAUUCGGAGAGGCAUUCGGACGAUUUUCUUCAUGUUGACGAUGGUAGCGUCACUUCUGCUCUUGUCGGCGCCUCUCCUCGUCGCAAUAGGAGACAUUUUAGUGCCGUCUGUAUUGGUUUCGAGUUUCACGUGUGUAAGAUGCUAUAGCUUCAGAGAGCAUUUGCAGAGAUACGGUUUUAGAAGCUCGUUGGUGGAUAUUCCUCUUGUUUCGGCCAUCAGAUCUUUCGUGAUAACUUGUGUUUAUUCUUUGUGUGAUGGUCCAGGGCUCUCUCAUGGGCCUUAUCUUGGAACAACCACACUCUGCUGCUUUGUUUCCAUUCUUGUUCUAUCAGUGAAGGCCUGCACUUUUACUGUGAUUUCGGAAAUUGAGGCUGAAGCUUCAUCUUCUUCUCUGGCAAGGCAGAAGCUUCAUUUGAAGAAGUCUUGGGGGAUGCCGGUUUUGUUUCUCUCUUCACUAGUAUUUGCUCUUGGGCAUAUUGUGGUUGCUUACAGAACGAGCUGCAGAGCACGGAGGAAGCUCCUAUUCCACAUUGUCGACCCAGAAGCAUCACAGGUUCUAUCAUGCAAAAAUGUGUUUUCAAGUUACCAGAAGGUGCCACGAUCUCCCACACCCUCUGCAGGAAAGACCCCAAAGAGUGACGGUGAAACACGGCGGAAACCUUUAUCUACAGCUCGCUGUGAGGAGGAACUCCCAAUUAGAUUACUUGCAGACAGUGAUAGCUUGUUUAUUGCCUGCCAAGGCCUGACUCUUCAUUAUAAACUCAGCUGCUCUGAAUCUGCUCCUUCUCGGUCUUUAGCCUCCACUACCUUUAUUGAUCACAAUUUCAAUUGCACUUCACCAAGAAUGACAUCUGGAAGGCUAAAACAUGAUAGAUCGUCUUCAACCAUCCCAUACAAAAUACAGUAUCAUCUGCCUAAGAGCAUCAGUAAUCAAUUCCAUAAUUCCUCCUUAUAUGAUCCAUUAUUGGACAGCUCCUCAACUUCACCUGUCUAUUUGUCCGAAGAGAUCCCUGUUCUGACCCUAGAUGAUGGUGACACUGGAAAUGGCCUGCUGAACCCUGUGAAUUUGGUGGGAAAUGUAGAGGGAUCUGAGAAACUUGGUAUUGUUUUAAUCCAUGGGUUUGGAGGGGGAGUUUUCUCAUGGAGGCAUGUAAUGAGAAUCCUGGCACGCAAGGUUGGUUGCACGGUUGCAGCUUUUGACCGACCUGGUUGGGGAUUAACAUCCCGGCCACAAAGGAAGGACUGGGAAGAAAAACAAUUGCCAAAUCCUUAUAAGCUUGAGACGCAGGUUGACAUGCUCCUUUCUUUCUGUUCGGAAAUGGGAUUUUCUUCAGUUGUACUUGUUGGACAUGAUGAUGGUGGUCUGCUUGCUUUAAAGGCAGCACAAAAAGUUCGGGAAUCUGCACAUUCUGUCCAUGUGGAGAUUAAGGGGGUGGUACUUCUAAGUGUCAGCCUAUCAAGAGAAGUUGUCCCUGCCUUUGCCAGAAUCCUCCUGCGCACUUCCUUGGGGAAGAAGCACCUGGUCCGUCCUCUUCUGCGAACUGAAAUUACUCAAGUGGUUAACAGACGUGCAUGGUAUAAUGCUGCCAAGCUUAACACUGAGGUUUUGAGUCUCUAUAAGGCACCAUUAUGUGUGGAAGGUUGGGAUGAAGCACUUCAUGAGAUAUCUAGACUGUCAUUUGAAACAGUCCUCCCAUUACAUAGUGCUGCAUCAUUGCUGAAAGCCGUUGAAGAUCUGCCAGUUUUGGUUGUUGCAGGUGCAGAGGAUGCACUUGUCUCUAUUAAAUCUGCUCAAGUUAUGGCAUCAAAGCUUGUAAAUUCUAGACUAGUAGCGAUAUCUGGAUGCGGCCACCUUCCACAUGAGGAGUGCCCCAAGGCCUUACUUUCAGCUUUAUCACCUUUCAUAACCAGAAUCUUAUCAUCACAAGACCAUUAUCAGAGCUUGCAGAAACAAUAGCAUUUUUUUAACUUAUUACUAGGGUGCUGAAUAGUUGAAAAGGGUCUUUUUCUUUUCUUUUUUUUUCCCGCUUACAUCAAGAGAAGAGCCUAAUGUCCCCUCUUCUCUUGGGUAUUUUUUAGAUGUAGCUUGAAGCCAGGCCCUAAUGUUCUAGGGUUUUUGAGCUCUCACAUGUAUUCUUUCCUUUUUCUGUUUGUACCGUUUUUUAUCUUUUCGAGGUUUUGUUUCUGUAAUGCUUGUUUGACUGGCUAUUCUGGUUUUCCACCAAGGAGUGGAAAAUCCCAUAUAUUUGUAUAUUUAUCUGAGUGAAAAUGCAUGGCUUCAGAUGGUCUGUUUCAUAAAAAAAAAAAAAUA